GUGUAUACGACUCCCUGUCUCUAUAUAAACCUGACCAGAUCUCCAUUUUAUCCCACAAACUCUAAAACAGACAACAAUGGCCAAACGCUUCAAACUGAGGAUUUGCAGAGUGAUCGCCACCACUUUGCAAUCCUGCCGUUCAAAAGACCCCUCCACUCUCCCACAAGAUCCUGUCCCUUCAUUCCCACCGCUCUCCAAAUUCUCCACCCUCCAUUUAUCCCUUCCCCACCACCAAUCUCAUCGCGUCUCCUCCGCCUUCGUUUCCCUUGACGACGACGUCGGCGGACCGCAACCACCACAAGUCAAGUGGCAAAAGGAAGAGAAAUGGCACAUUGUCGCAGAGAUCCACCAACAGCCUUCACCCCACUUCAAAAUUUUCAACUCCUCCGCCUCCUGCGACGCCGACUCCGACGUUGACGACCUCACUUUCGCACAUCCGAGUCGUCCGCCGCAUUCCUCCUCUGAGAAAAACAGAAGAUGCCGGAAGAAGAAGAAGAAGAACCUCCCCAGCAGGCUUCGCAUCAGCACUUCGUCGGCUGACAGCGGCGGCGGUGCCAGCGACGUAAUAGACGAAGAGGAAACCGAAACCCUCGUCUCCUCAUCCCUAAGCCUCUCGCCGGAGUCUUCCUCGGAGAACUUACAGCCCAUUCGAGAAACACAACCCUUCACCACGAACUUACCCCAGAAGAGGAGCAAAAGGAGAUCAGUCUCCAAGAGAACGAAGCGCGAGGCAGUAAGGCCGCCGCCGCCCACUGCCGUGGCGGAGGAAGGGGAGACUCCGGCGAGACUGUCGGUGUUCAAGAAACUGAUACCAUGUACGGUGGACGGGAAAGUGAAGGAAAGCUUCGCGAUCGUGAAGAGGUCGGAGGACCCGUACGAGGAUUUCAAGAGCUCAAUGAUGGAUAUGAUUGUGGAGAAGCAGAUGUUCGAGGAGAAAGAUUUGGAGCAGCUGUUGCAGUGCUUUUUAUCGUUGAAUUCCAGGCAUUACCAUGGGAUUAUCGUUGAAGCUUUUUCCGAAAUUUGGGAGGCCAUUUUUACUGUGGAUCGCCGGCGAGUUUCAUCCUAGUGUUGAUAUAUUAAUGGACUUCUAUUUUUUUGUGAUUUUUACUCUUAUCUAGCUAUCUUUCUGUACGAGUACUUGUAUAUUACUUUUUCAUGUCAGUAAUGGUCGUCAGAUUGUUGUUUUUCUUAGUUCUCA